CGCGCGCGUCCAACGUCAUAUCUGCAAGCAAAUGCUCCCUUUUGAUAUCACUCAAUUGUGGAAUUGCCUUCUCGCCAACAAGAACGGAGAACCGAUUACCCUACUGCUACAAUCCAGCAGUAUCAGGUUAGCAUUGAGCAGCCCUGCGAAUGGCGCUGCAGCAUCAACCCUGGCUGGUUGGCUCCCUCCUUCUUUUGUUGGGGACCAUAUGAUACAAACUUCGCCAUCGCGUCCCUCGGCUUCUUGUUCCCAUGUAGCGAUCUCGACGAAUUGUUGGGACGCGCAGUCGGCAGCGUAAUCAUGAAAAUCUAAAGGCUCGCGCACUCUACUCGCUUUGUGCGCAGCAAACAGUGUUGGAUUUCGCACGACUGUUCGAGUGGUGACGACGUCUACCCUUCCUCGAUGAUAGGAACCUCACUCCCGGCGUACGUGUUCAUCAGAGCCUGCGUGUUUUUCUUACAUUCGAUCGCUCCUCUUAGCGCUCUUUACUGCGUUGUCUCUCUCUGCUACACUCCACCCUAUGCCGUGCCGAAAGCUCUGCAAGUCACCGCUGCCGUCGAAACCGCGUUCUUCGUCCUCGUAUACUUUCCGCACAGACUGUACCUCCAGAGAGCAGCUGCUCAUCCUCCGCCAGUCGACUGUGAGCGUCGUCGCGAGCUAUUCAGGCGCUGUCACGAUAACAUCCCCGAUCCAGAGGAAUAUUUGUCGAGAUGGUUCAUGGGCGCUCCUUCGUCUGAGAUCAAACGCAACAACGUGAAAGAGUUCCUCAACUGGGCAUUCUUCAAUGCUGCGGAACCAUGUGCGGAAUAUGAGGAAGAACUAAGCGAAUAUGUCGGCCACUUGGAAGAGCUGUUGGGGAGAAAGCUGGAGAAGGGCACAGGAAAAGCGAGGUGCAUCAGGUUGACAGUAGACAAAGUCGACAUGCUACACCGGAGUCUGACUUGGUACAUGUGCGUCUUCGUCGUCGACACCCUAGCAUCGAUUUACCUACGGUUUCAAGGAUUCUACUUCCACCGCAAUCCUCUAUCUCAAUUCUACACCGUCUUUCCACCCCGCCCUCUCCAUCUACUGAGCUCCCAUCACUCUCCUGCUCCACACUUGACCUACUGGCAUCGUCCUCAUACGUCUAAGACUCGACUCCCUAUCCUAUUCAUACACGGAAUCGGCAUCGGCCUCUACCCUUAUAAGAACUUCUUAGCCGAACUCACUUCCGAUGACACUACAGAUUCUUCUGAUGGCCAAAUCGGCAUCAUCGCAGUCGAGAUCAUGUCCGUCAGCUUUCGCAUCACCGGUGAGGCAUUAUCGAAAGAGCACAUGUGCGAUGAAAUCGAAUCCAUCCUGAACGCCCACAAUUGGGACAAAUUUGUCCUGGUAUCGCACUCUUACGGCAGCGUCAUCUCAACGCAUCUCCUGCGCAGCCCUCGCUUCGCAGCCCGCAUCGGUCCGAUCCUCUUCAUCGACCCUGUCUCCUUCCUGCUGCACCUGCCUGACGUCGCCUACAAUUUUACAUGCAAAACGCCGCGCCGCGCCAACGAAUGGCAACUAUACUACUUCGGCGCCAAAGACCCUGGCGUGGCACACGCGCUCGGUCGGCGCUUCUUCUGGAGCGACAACAUACUGUGGAAAGAGGAUAUUCAGCAGCAUCUCGUCAGUGUCGCAAUUGGGGAGCGCGAUCUGAUUGUGGAUACGGCGGCUGUGAGGAAAUAUCUUGAGGGAGGCAAAAAUGGGGUGGAAGAUGCGGGGCUACGUGUAUUGUGGUUUGAGGGCUUAGAUCAUGCGCAGGUUUUUGACAAGAGGCGUACGAGGAGGAUGUUGGGGAAUGUUGUCCGGGCGUAUUGUGCAAAUAGAUGAGAUGGUCGAGUAGUUGCUGGCGUGAGAUUUCUUUUCGGUCUCGUCUGUGCAGUGGCUCAAUGAUAUAUAGUGAUGGACUUCGU